GGCACUGAUGCUGGAAAACCUCCAGAAACACUCUACUCCUCAUACUGGGUUCCAGCCAAAUUCUCAGAUGGGGGAGGAAAUGGGACAGAACAGCUUUAUAAAGCAGUACCUAGAAAAGCAGCAGGAACUGCUACGACAGCGGCUACAGAGAGAAGCACGAGAGGCACAAGAAACUGAAGAUCCUUUAGCGGAGUCUGAGGAAGAAAAUACAAAUCCUGACAUUGUGCCGGAGCCUCCUGAUGAUAUUAUCUGUUCUGUUUUGAAGAGGCCAGAUGUUGAGCUGGGAAAACGCACUCCGAAAAAAAGUCUUUCUGUCUUGGAAGACCAAGAUGAUUCUGAGGAAGAGAUUCCCAAAAAGAGGGAGAGGAGGUCAUCUCGAGUAAAACAGGCUAAACCUUCAAGACCUCCUGUUUUAAACACCGCCAACUCAGGAGCAAGAGCCACGCAGGUCAUCUACCCGUGUGCGACGGUCUAAGGGAGACCUUGCCAAGGAAGAAGCAGAAGAUGUGGGUGAGGAAGAGGAGGAAACAAUGGAAGAAAAGGAGCUACCCAUUGAGAAAGAUGAAGAAGAAACUCCUAAAAGAAGACGAUCCUCGAGAUCCACUACUAUUCAGCAGAAAAAGUCUCCAAAAGCCAAGCGUUCACCUUCUCCUCCUGAAUUAUCAGAAACUGUUUCCAAAUCAACUUUUGCUGACUCUGAAGAAAUAACAGAGGAACGUGUUCCACCACUGCUUUCUCUGGAAGGGUUCCAACAUCGGGUCUCUGUAAAGCAGAUGACCACAACAACUGAAAAAGCAGUUUCCCCAAAAUUUCUUCACAAGGAGAGCUUAAAGAGUCAUAGAUCUCCUCAAAAGGGGGGGCGUUAUGUGAGAGAGCGUAAUGAGAGCAAUUCAAAUCCUCCAGCACCACAGCCUUCAGCUGCUACUUGUACAAUCCAGCAGACUCCUAAUUGGUGUCAAGAAGCUGAAAAAGUUAAACCGAAAAUACAGGAUUCACAUAUGACUCAGGAGACUGUGAGGGGAUCCAUGACAAGAGGUGCCACAACAAAAGAUGUCAAAGUGAAAUCAUCACUGGUUCUUAUAAAGCCUCCGGUUCGUUCAAAAUCUGGAGGUAAAGCAUAUGUGCGUGAACAGAGCUUGCAUAUAGUGGAGAAGUCCUCAUCGAGGGGGGUACAAGCUAUGUCCAUUUUAGAGAAGCAAGAACCAGAAUCAAAGGAAAAUAAAGAGCGUACCAUUACAUUGUCAAGCUGUCCUGAAGUGGGGAGAUCAAAUGUUAAGACCAUGUCUAUUUUAGAGAAGGUAGACAAGGACAAAUUGGAUGCAAAUUCAGCAGUGUGCAGUGAUGCUUUUGAAUCUGACAAAACAGUAGUUUCCUCAGUUUCUGUUUCCAGCUUACCUAAAACAAGAAAACUUCGAGUCCGGUCAUCCUCUUCAAAUCGGAAACAGCCAGAAACUAAUAUUUUAAAAACGGUAAAUCACCCUGACAUUCAAGAAAAACAUGAAACAGAGGUGCUUAAUGUGUCACUUGAUGUGGCGCAAACACCUCUACCUGCAUGGACUAAGUUAGACAAGCCAGAGCUGCAGUCAUGUGGGCUAAACCAGACAAAGGAAGUAGCAACUGAUUUGCCAAGUGUGCAGGAUAAAGAAAGUUUAUUAACUGUAACAGAAGAGCUUACUGAGAAAUCAAAUUUGGGUGUUUCUCAUGUGUCUGGUCCUGACGUAAUAGGAGGGAUCACCAUCAGCACUGACCAUUCUCUGGGUAAAGAAGUCUCACAUUCUGGCUCAGUGGAAGUACAACAACCCUUUUUAGGAAAUCUGAGCUCUGAAAAAGAAGAACCUAUGCAUAUGAAUGAAAUUUCAGAAAUCAAACAAACAGAAGUCAAACCAGCUGCUGAAGAAGAUUUGAAUAUGUUUGAAAAUACUGUGCAAUUAAAGGAAUCUGUGAAAUUGGAGCAACCAAAUGAAGUUGCUUCUGAAAUGGUUCUAGGGGAGAUUCCAUUAAAGCCAUUUGCUGAAAUAAGUGUAUUAGAAUCUGAAGCUACAACAGGGACUCAUGAAUCGUCUGCGAGUGUGACAGAAACGUUUGAAGAUUCCGAAAUAACAGAGAGGGCUUCUGCAAUCACAUCGGAUGGUAAUGCAGAAUCUCUGGCUGUCCAUGAAACUAUGACAUGUGACCCAGAUUUACAAAAAAUGUCUGACAUUUUGACACCGAAAGAUGCUCCACAAAUAACAUCACAUCAAGACAUAGUCACAAAGCCAGUUGUUUUUGAACAAUCAACAUUUCCAUCAAGCAAAACUGAAUAUUCUAUUACAUCUGAAUUAGACACACAAGUGGAUGAUGUUGCAGGUGUUCAAAUAACUCAUGAAGCCAUGGUCAAAAAUCAAGCUCCAUUUGAGACACCAGAAAAAGCCAUCUCUGAUGAUGAAAUCAUAACACAACCUACUCAGGAUUUUCUUACAGCUAUACCAGAUAUGACAGAGGCGUUGCGCACCGAGGAUAUUGUAACAAAAGACAGUGAUUUGGUGGACCAUGAAAUCAUUGAGCCAAAAGGUGAUAAAGAGUUUCCUGCUGUACAAGAGUCUGAAAUAAUGCCACCAGAGAUUUCCACAGGCAGUCAGAAUUCUAAUGUGAAGAUGUCAGAUGUACAUUUGCCUAAGGAUGUGAAAAUGACUGAGGCAAAUGUUCCAUCUUCUGAUGUGGAGAUGACUGAGGGGAAUGUGCUGUCUACCCAUGUGGAGGUGACUGAGGGGAAUGUGCUGUCUACCCAUGUGGAGGUGACUGAGGGGAAUGUGCUGUCUACCCAUAUGGAGGUGAUGGAGGGGAAUGUUCUGUCUACCGAUGUGGACAAGACUGAAGAAAAUGUUCUGUCUAAAGAUGUGGAGAAGAUUGAAGGGAAUGUUCUGUCUACCAGUGUGGAGAAGACUGAAGAAAAUGUUCUGUCUAAAGAUGUGGAGAAGACUGAAGGGAAUGUUCUGUCUACUGAUGUGGAGAAGACUGAAGGAAAUGAUCUGUCUACCGAUGUGGAGAAGACUGAAGGAAAUGUCCUGUCUAUCGAUGUAGAGGAGACUGAAGGAAAUGUUCUGUCU